UUAUGGGAGGAUUGAGGUUAUGUGAGAGUGUCAGCUGAGCGUUUCUUUUUGUAUCUUGCAACGAUCCGUUUGCCUCUCAUUUUCCCCGUGAAAAUGCAGAAUUUUCUCAGUAUUUUUCUCUCAAUUGCUUGUGUUGUGUCAAGUGAGUUCCAUGAAGACUGCGUCAAGGGUGAAGAUUGCGUAUUUAAGGCGGAACUAGUGAGAUUUUUGGAAGAAAGUGACCCCACAUGGACUGCUAUCAGCAAGGCGGAGAAGAGUUAUGUGCCCUGCGUUCAGGGCAAUUGCACGUGCCAUGAGAUUCAGCUGGAGAACGACUUGGAGCCAUUCCUGGGCGGAAUAUCGCUCCAAAUGCUGGAGGCUGUGAGUAAUCGAGGCACAAGAUAUCAGAUUGUGGAUGGGAAGCUCUUCCGUCAGCGCGAGUGCAUGUUUCCUGCCAGAUGCUCAGGUGUUGAGUACUUUAUUAAGCCACUCCUGAAGAGGCUGCCAAAUAUGGAAUUGGUGAUAAACGUGAGAGAUUGGCCUCAAAUCUACAAGCAGUGGAAUCAACCUGCUCCGGUGCUGUCCUUCAGCAAGACUGAUGAGUACGCGGACAUCAUGUAUCCCGCCUGGGGAUUCUGGGAAGGAGGCCCAGCCAUUUCCCUCUAUCCUACGGGUCUUGGGCGAUGGGAUAAGCAUCGACAGUCCAUCUCAAAAACAGCUGAGAAAUUUCCCUGGCAUUCGAAGGAAUCCAAGGCAUUCUUCAGAGGCUCGCGCACAUCUUCAGAACGUGAUCCAUUGGUGCUGCUUUCCCGGGAGGAUCCUGCAAUGGCAGAUGCCCAGUAUACCAAGAAUCAGGCAUGGAAAUCUCCAGCUGACACGCUGAAUGCCGAACCGGCAUCGGAAGUGAGCUUCGAGGAGCAUUGCAAGUACAAGUAUUUAUUCAAUUUCCGUGGUGUGGCGGCGAGCUUUCGCCUGAAGCAUCUCUUCCUCUGCAAAUCUCUCGUCUUUCACGUGGGCGAUGAGUGGAAGGAGUUCUUCUAUGACUCCCUGAGGCCGUGGAUCCACUACAUUCCAGUGAAGUCAAAUCCCACCAGUGAAGAGCUGAAGUCGCUCAUUGAGUACUUCAAAGAGAACGAUGAUGUGGCUAUGAAGAUUGCCGAGGCGGGAUAUCAGCACAUUUGGCAUCAUCUCAGGAUGGAGGAUGUCAGGUGCUACUGGGAGAAACUUCUGAUGGCGUAUGGAGGCUUGAUGAGGGGAGAAAUCGUCCGGGAUGAGACGCUGAUGGAGAUCUCAUAGCACAUCCAACUCACGGCGCCUCCUGUGCCUGAUCGAACUGAAUGAGGAUGAGCACAUAACUCGAAAUUCCAGCGAUUACCUGUGAAAAAUGAAUCUCUUUUGUACUGAAACUAUAUUGAUCUUUUUGAAUGGAAUUUAAUUAUAUUUACUGAUGAAAUAAGACCAAUGUCUAGAAUGAAGAAACCACAAAUGGAUAGACUGGGAUU